CUUACGACUGACAUGAAUGUAAACAUAACCCUAGUUUUAUUUUGAUCUUGAGUUUUGUUUCAAUUCAUAAAAAUAUUAUUUAACUGUGGCUAUUGAUUGUUGAUCACAGAGUACAUUGUAUCGAAAAUGUCAUUUCUCAGACCAUUUUAUACCAUCAACAAUAUUCGGAAUAUUCCAUCAAUAAUUCGAAGAUGUUAUUCUCAAAAUACUAUUAAUUUAUCAGAUCCAGCUGUCCAGAGCUACCUUAAACAUCUGAUGCUGCAGCAUGAAGACCUUCACACAAAGUCCCGACGGACGCCAGAAGAAUCUAAACGUUUAUUCGAUAUCAAACCCAUAGUUAAUGUUCUGGAGCAAAGAAUCGCAUUAUAUGACAGUAUAGAGUCACUGAAAGAACUCAACAAACGCGAAAGCGAAGAUAGUGAAAUGAAGAAAAUGAUAAAAGAAGAAGCUCAAAUUUAUUUGAGUCGUAUCAACGAAAUUGAUGGAGAAUUGCAACAGAUAUUAUUAGAGCCAGUUCUUAGUGAAGGAGGUGUAUUAUUGGAGGUGACAGCAGGUGCGGGCGGUCAGGAAGCAAUGUUAUUUGCAAGAGAACUAUUCGAACUUUAUGAGGCAUAUGCAGGAUAUAAAGGUUGGGAGGUCAACAUAGCUUCCAUUGAGAAAUCUGAUCUUGGCGGUGUUAGGAAAGCAUCCAUGCUGAUAGAAGGUUAUGGUGUGCCACAAUUGAUGAGAAUAGAGGCUGGAGUUCACCGUGUGCAAAGAAUACCAGCUACAGAAAAAGGAGGUAGAAUCCACACAAGUACAGUCUCAGUAGCUGUACUUCCUCAGCCUACAGAUAUAGAACUAAGUAUUCCUGAAAAGGAUAUAACCAUAGAAACUAAAAGAGCAAGUGGUGCCGGUGGGCAGCACGUCAACACUACAGAUAGUGCCGUGCGGAUUGUUCAUGUUCCAACUAGUACCAUUGUUGAAUGUCAAGAGGGCAGGUCACAAAUUAAAAACAGAGAAAUUGCUAUGCAGAAGUUGAGAACAAUAUUGCUGCAGAAACAGAUAGAAGAGCAAUCUUCAAAAAUAAAUAGUGAGAGAAAAGCCCAGGUUGGCUCUGGAAACCGUAACGAGAAAAUUAGGACUUACAACUAUCCUCAAGACCGAAUAACAGAACACAGAGAGGGUGGAGGUACCCUACAUAGUCUCAAAUCCUUCAUGGAGGGGGGAGAGCAGCUGGAACAACUCCAAGAGAACCUUCUCAGACAACAGCACUAUCAGUUGGUGGUUGAUGAGAUCAACGAAUUCAUCAAGAAAUACCAGAAAGAUGCAGGAAAUAAUUAAGAAAUAAGGGUAAAUUAGGUCUGGAGUCCUGAUGAUUGUACCAAGUACACAUGAUGUUACUUCCCGUCUACUUGCAAUCCUCGACUCAAAGUUUGUGAGUGUUAAUUUAGUUAGUGUUAGAUUGUACAGCUUGUAAUCCUAGAGUCAUACCAUUGUGCUUUGUUUCUUACUGUUUGUAUAUAUUUAUUUUUUCCGUAAUGUAAGAAAACAUUCAACAACUCUCUUGUUAGACAAAACAAAUCCUACUACUAUUAUAAAGGCGAAAGUUUGUAUGGAUGUAUGGAUGUUUGUUACUCUUUCACGCAAAAACUACUGAACCGUAACCGUAAAUGGUAAUCCAUGAAAUUUGGUAUGUAGGUAGCUGAAGACCCAGAAUAACACAUAGGCUACUUUUUAUCCCAGAGUUCCCGCGGGAUUGAUAGGGUUUCCAUGCGGACGAAGUCGCGGGCGGCCUCUAGUAUUUAAAUAAUUUUAAGUACACGCCAUUAUAAAUAUCCGAAAGCAUUUUAUUUAAUUAAAAACAAUUUCAAAUAUACAAUUAGUAUUUAUUUGUACCAAAUAAGUAAAUAAUCACAUUUCAAUCAAGAAUAAACAGAUCACAUCUACUUACAUAAACGAUAAUUUUGAAACACUAAAUUCUGAAACAUUUAAUAAUCUCACAUAAUUUCAAUAUUUAUAUAACAUAAUCUUUCUUUAUUAUAACUUGUAUAAAUUAAUGUCUCGCCACAGGGCUUUGGUAUAAAGUGUCCAUCCCAGUGAAACCACUUUAAAAAAUACUAGGACGGAGUAAAUUUAACAAUAGUUAAUUAAUUUAUGAACAGACAUAAACAAAUAAAGGUAACUUUGUAGAAUUUUAUUUUAAUCUCCACUUAAUCCAAAAGCAGAUAUGUUUACAAAAGCUAUACCUAACUAACCUAUAUCAAUAUGAGGUCAGUACAAAUUAAGUACAAAUUUUAAAAUGGGCACUUAUAAAUAAAAUUUGCUUUACAAUCACUUUUCUUUGAAUGUAUUCCCAGGUUGCAUUCUUAAGGGUCAUACUUCAAACAAUUUCCAUGCACACUUUGUAUUUCACAAAACAGUUUUAUAUGUAAAAGUGAUUUGUUUUUAUUAAAUGUCUAUCAGUACCCGUGACUAAAUCUACUUUUUUAUAUUUAUACGCAAUUUGUACGUACCUUACAAUAUAUUUUUUAAAUAUAAUUAUAACAUUUUA